CCGUCGACACUGUAAACGGGUGUCGGCGUGAACGUCGCUGAGCUGUGAAUGGACAUUAGGGAAUGUAAUGUUCCUCUGCCACUGCCUGGUUUCUUCUAUCAUUUAUUCUCUGCAACGGAAGCCGGCCUUGGUACCCCGCUCACCCACCCAUCUACCCCCUGGACCUACUCUGGGGAUCAAACAGUCUCAGGAGAGACCCAACAGUCAGAAUUUGGCUGCUUCUGCUCCAUCGCCACAUUAAGUAAAAGUGUUAAGAGUAACAGAGGUUAUGCGAUGGCCGAACUAGCAGGCAGGACAGAUCCUGCUGCACACUGAACCAACUGGAUGCAACACAUUAGAGUCUAGACAGAAUGGAUUUUCCCAGUUACACUGAAGGGGUGUUUGCCACAAACAGCAGUGGUAAUGACACACUGGAGACUACUAAACUCCCUCCCAGUAAGAUCCUGCUUUCACUGACCCUGUCUGUACUGGCUAUCCUGACUACAUUCUUCAACUGCCUGGUGAUCACAGCUAUUGCAGUCACGCGCAAGUUGCACCAUCCAGCCAACUACCUCAUCUGCUCAUUAGCAGUAACCGACCUGCUGGUGGCUGUGCUGGUCAUGCCCUUCAGUAUUAUGUACAUCCAGAAAGAGACCUGGCACAUGGGCCAGGUGGUGUGUACCAUCUGGUUGAGUGUGGAUAUCACCUGUUGCACAUGCUCCAUCCUGCACCUUGCUGCAAUCGCCAUUGACCGUUACAGAGCCAUUACUGAUGCAGUGGAGUACUCCCGCAAACGCACGGGAGCCAGGGCUGGGGCGAUGGUGGCAGUGGUGUGGCUGUUGUCCAUCCUCAUCUCACUACCUCCUCUAAUCUGGCGGCACUACAGCGGGGAUGCAGAGCAGGAAGACCAGUGCAUCAUGAUGCACCAUCACAUUACCUUUACCUUGUACUCCACCCUUGGAGCUUUCUACAUCCCCCUGCUGCUCAUCCUCAUCCUCUACUACAAAAUCUAUCGGGCCGCUCAGACCCUGUAUAUGCGCAGGGAGGCCAGCCGGGCUAGCCGUCACUCAUGCAUGACUAAUGGGAGCAUGAUCCCAUCAUCCUACCCUGCUGGAGAUGGUGACGACGCUGGGGGACCUCGAAGUCCAGAGCCCAUAAGCCCACCAGAAAAGUCUUUCUCUGAACCCUCAACUGAGGAGCCUCCACGUGAACGGGUGCGAGUAUCGGUAAAGGCUUUCCAUUGCAAGAAGCGCCGGCAUGAGUCACGUAGUGAGUCACGUAGUGAUUCACGUAGUGAAUCACGUCGGAGCCAGUUUUACCAAGGACCACGGAUCUCAGGCUCACGGGAGCGCAAAGCGGCAUCAACGUUAGGGUUGAUAAUAGGGGCCUUUGUCAUCUGUUGGUUGCCAUUUUUUGUCAAGGAGGUGAUCGUUAACACCUGCAGUUCUUGUAGUACUUCGAUGGAGAUGGCUGACUUUCUGACAUGGUUGGGCUACCUCAACUCGCUAAUCAACCCCCUCAUCUACACCAUCUUUAAUGAAGACUUUAAAAAAGCUUUCCAAAGACUUGUUAGGUGCAGUCAUUACCUCUGAUGGUUACAAUUGUGCAUGAUCAUACCCAUAAACCACCACACGUACACAUGUAACUGGCAGGAGGUCAGAGAAUACUGACUCUAUACUGACUAAAUGUGCCUGAGAGACAAUAAGGAUUGACUCCCAUCUCCACCAAACACCCCAACAGCCUAAAUGGCACCAGCUCAGCAAUGAGCUUUGAAGCAAAGUCCCAUGUUGAAAUCCAAGUCCUGCUAUUAAUAGAACAGCCUGAGAUUUCCUUGAUGUUAAUUGGUGUGUUUGAAAGGACACAGACAUGUUGGUUUUUAGAAAAUAGGCCAUCGCUGACCUUUGAGGUUUGGGUUCUGAGCAUUAGGAUCAGCCCCAUUAAAGGAGCUUGAAAUAGCUGACCAUUAUAGCUAUACCAUCUAAUGACCUCCCUUCUAUCUACUCCAAGCUGCUGGCUAACGUGUAAAAUACCACAGCAUACCAAGUUGUGAUUUCCUGUGGCCAUUAUAUUAUAGAGGGUGAUAUUUAUCUGAUUGACUGUCGAAGUGGUUGUUAACAAAAAAUGUUGAAUGUGAUUUGUCUUCAGCAAAACACUCCAACAGAUAUGAAUUAUACAUUUGUAGAUUGUUAAAGGUUUUUGUCUGGUAAUGGCAAUGUACUGGCUUAAUUCAUUUGAGAAUCCGAAAGCAAGAAGUUAUUGCCUGCCAUUCAUAAAUUUCACAACGCUGAACUCAACAUACCAUGAUAUAAAUGUGUAGGAUAAACAGCUAAGAAUGCCUUCAAUGUGAAUUAAAUGUUUUAUGAUCUAGGACCAAAUCAUACUAUUAAUAAAACAUUCACAAUUUUAAAAUCAGAUUUACUUGGGGACCAAUAAAAAAAUUGAGCUUGUUAUAAGUUUGCAACAAAAGGUUACCUUUUGGAGAGGGCUUAAGGUAUUGGGGUUACAUGUUCUAUAAGACACUGCCACUUUAAUUGAUGUUUUGCACAACAUUUUAUGUUUCUUUAACUUAUUUAGUGCAUUAAUUUAUACAUCUAUCCUGGAGCCAUUAAACACCCCAUCCCAUCUCACUCCCACGCAAUAGCCAGCAUUAGGUCAAUGAAUGUGAGAAUCACCGGUGCAGAAAUCCUCAUUACAUUGAUCCCACUCAAGUACUUGGAAAUAGAACUACUAUUUCUUUACUGCCUCCAAGAGGGCACACGAUAUGUUGAUGGAAAUAUUGUGGAUGAGUCAUGUGUGAGGGUGUACUGUACGCCAGAGAGAUAAUACACAGUUUGUUAUACACACACAUACAUCAGUGACAGUAUGACCAGUAUUUGUAAACUGUUUCUUUCUUUGUCUCUCUCUGUCUCAAUAAUAAAUAAUUAACAGCCCACAUAUGAAUGAUC